AGUAUUGUCAAAGGCAGCAAAUACGUAAAAACUAACUUAUUAAAUGCGUAACAUAGAAAAUCUAUAAUAUAAUUCGCGUUCGAUGAUUUGUUUCUGUUAACUCCUUAUUUACUUUAUAGUUGUGUUAAAUUUAUAAAAAAAUGUAAAUGUAUUAUUUGAUUUAAUUUUAAUUAAUUACCGUCUUAGUCAAGUCAUUCAUAAUGGAAAUGGAAAAAGAAGCAGGAACUGCAAUCCUAAGGAGUUAUGGGCAAUUUUUUAAACAACAAUAUCAAGAUUAUAUGUCAGUUAUUCAAAAUGAUACUUCAGAACAAAAUAAAUCAUAUCUUCCCAUACGAAUUAAUUUGUUUCCACAAGAACUUAUUCCAAUAACAGAAUUGGUUGGAUCUGAUAAUCCAGUUAUGACAAAAAUAUUAAGUCUUUUCACUUCUCUGUGUGUUGAAAUAAUAGAAUUAAAAAGAGAAGCAUUUGAAAGGCAUUUUCAGUUUCUGGCCCUAUAUGAUGAAUAUCCCAAUAGUGACAUGUCCCAUCAAAUGGAAUCAAUUUGUAAUCUUAAUGCAUUCGUAAAUCGUUGUAAUGACACCCUAAGUAACAUAUUCAGUCAAGUUUUUGCUAUAUUCAGGGAAAAUAUUAUACAUAUAAAUGGUAUACAGUGGCAUUUUAUUAUAAAUCAUAUUGGGGAAUUAUUUACAUUAUUGGUUUUAACAGAACUUCUUAUAUCAAGAUGCUCAUUACCCACACAGUGGAAUAAAUUUGUGAAAGAUAUAAAAUUACAUUCUAAUUUUGUAAAUGGAAUAAAUGGAUGCAGAUCCUUGGCAGUUAAUAAUGCGCUGGAAAGUAUUACAAGUAAGCUGAUGUGUGAUGACAUAGUCCAAAGAACAUUACAAAAUUUACUUGCAGUUAAAAAGCGAGAUUUAUCUGGAAUUCAGAGUGGACAAGUAAUGGUGGAAAUUACGAGCUACAUAAGACAUGCAUUGCUAAAUCUUGAAAAGCUUACACAAGAGAAACCUAACUCAGACAAUAUGUACAAAUGCAUUAAAAUGAAUGCAUUAUUUAUAUUAAAUAGCCACUUGUUCAUUAACAAUGAUAGAAAACUCUUUAAACAUUUGAAUGAAAUUAAUUCUAAGGCCCAUAGUAUCUACAUAAUUGGAAAUGUAAUUUGGUUUCCAGAGCAGUUUCUACACAGAUAUGGUCCAUCAUUAGGAUGUAGUACCAGCAAAAUGUCACAGAUAAUGUUAAAAGCUCGUCAAGCUUACAUAACAUCUAAAAAAGCAACUAUUGCAAAAGACAUUAUGACCCUACAAAAUAUCUGCACCCAAUGGGUAUUAACAGUAGAGGAACUUUUUUCAAACAGAAAUAAACUUAGUGCAUGUGAGAUGACACUUCAUGCUAAAACAUUAAUAGAUGGAUUAGAAAUUUCCUCCAAUUUGUCUCAUUCUGUACUUUCUUUCAUAACUUUACACCUGUCUCUUGGAAUUCCACUAACAAAAACGCUAUUGCUGCAUUUAUUUGAACUGAUAGAUAUAUUGAAGAUGUUAAGGAAUGCUGUACUUCGAAAUCAUUGUCAAAUCCUGAAUUCCAUCACCAUGAUAAUUCAACAUUUAACAUUCCAAGCUGCAUCUGCUAUUCUUGAAGUCAAAAAGUCAAUCAUAGAUGAUAAGAGGUAUGCCAAUAAAAGAUUGGAUGAACUCACAUGUAUUGUCAUAGCAGAAAAAGCAAUACAAGGAGCUCCCACUAUAGAAAGAAAUAUUGCUACUAAUAUAGCCUUAAGUUUCAUUCCAGAGGCCAGAUAUGUUGAUGAAAGCUAUGUUAAGCUUGGAGUACUCCUUGAAAAAGAACAGACUCUUUUGAAGUUCAUGAAAUCCUUAGAUAAAUUCUGCAAUUGCUCCUGGAUUUUAUGGCAUCAACAAAUUAUCCCACUUUAUUUUCUACAAAAUUUUAGUAUGGACAUACAAGCUUUGAAAUUACAAUAUUUCUUAACGGUGAUGAGUGAAUGUGUUGAUUUGCUUCAAAAGACAGAUAAAUAUUUUGGCUUCAAUAAAUCAAAUGACUUUAUGGCAUUUAUAAUAACAAUAAUCGAAGAAAAUGUUAUAAAUAAUCUAAGUCAAAAUAUAGAAACCAACUUGCGUCUUCAUAUUCAUUCUCACUUGCAACUCGACAUUGUUAAUCCAUUGACUACUGAUAUGUUAAAAAAGCUUCUUCUUCUUGUUGACAACUUGAGACUUAAUACAUUAUAUAUGAGAGUUGUUCCAUCUGUUGAACACUACUUAUCAAAGACAUAUUACAAUUUAACCACUGUUGUAUUGUCUGAUUGGAAAACGUACGGUGAAAUGCGUCAAAUGGCUAAAUUUAAAUUCGAUUUACAUCCAAUUCAAGACGAUCUACCCACUCAAACUUUGGAGCAAGGUCUGGAUGUCCUGGAGAUAAUGAGAAACAUCCAUGUAUUUGUUUCUAGAUAUCAUUACAAUUUGAACAACCAAAUAUUCAUUGAAAAGAGCAGCAGCAAUAAACAUUUAAAUUCAAUAAACAUUAAACAUAUCGCAAACUCCAUUCGUACACAUGGAACAGGGAUCAUGAACACAACGGUCAACUUCACGUAUCAGUUUCUUAAAAAUAAAUUCUAUACAUUUUCCCAAUUCAUGUAUGACGAACAGAUAAAAUCUCGGCUAAUUAAGGACUUGAGACAUUUCAAAGAAGCUUCUGGAGAACACGGAAACAUGUAUCCAUACAAAAAUGCAGAUAGAUUUAACAAAGGCAUCAAAGUCCUAGGGUUAGCGGACGAUGGACAGAGUUAUUUAGAUCUAUUUAGAGAUCUAAUCACUCAAAUUGGAAACGCAAUGGGAUAUGUAAGAAUGAUCAGAUCUGGCGGGAGGCACUGUUGUGCUGACGCCACGGCAUUUUUGCACACCUUUGAGCCCAAAAAGUUUAAAGAGUGGGCAGGUGAAAACAAUUUCUCAAAUAGAACAAUCGAAACUGCUGAAUAUUUAGAUGAAAGUAUUGAUGGGCUAAUAUCCAAUUUUAUUCAGGGGACUGAAUACUUCAAAUUGCUAGUUGAGGUGUUUGCCCCAGUUUUUAGAAAUCCAAAAAAUUUACAUCUCAAAAACUUCUACAUCAUAGUUCCGCCUCUUAUUUUAAAUUUUGUCGAACACAUGAUUUUAUCGAAAGACAAAAUGACAAAAAAUAACAAAGCUGGUGCGGCUUUCACGGACGACGGAUUUGCUAUGGGCGUUGCAUAUGUCUUAAAACUGCUCGAUCAGGACUCAAAUUUUGAAGCCCUACACUGGUUUGAUUCUAUUUGGAACCACAUUAGAAGUGAAAGGGAACUAAUUGAGGUGCAAAAGAAUAAAGGGUCUAUUCAAUUACAACAGGCGCUGGCCCUCUCUGAGAAGAAGCUUAAGACUCUUGAAGAGGAAUAUAAGCUUCUAUACUACAGUUUAACUAGCGCUAGAAUAUUUUUUAGAUAACUAAUUAGAAAUAAGAUAAUAAGCACUUUACACGUUCAUUUAAACAUCUAUUACAUUAAUUGUUUAUAUUACAUAUUUAUGUUGUUUGGCAUUUUGCUGUUAAUUAUUAAAAAUAAAACCAGAAUUCUAU